AUGGAUGAAUGGAUACUGCACAACAAUUGCCAGACAGGGAUGUUCCCUCCUAGCGGGGGAGCGCUUCAGCAGUCAAGGACGUUCGGCCUCGAUCUUUGGAUGAAAAAGGCAUUUGCUGAAGAAAUGAGGGAACGUUUGAGUGAGCUUCAGGCUGAGCUGGAAGAAAAGCACAAAACUCUAACGGUGGCUGCAAAAAACCAAUGGAUGAUGGAAAAAGAAACUGAAAUUGGGCAACAAGUCGAGAAGCGUGUUGCAUUGGCCAAAAUACAGUGGCAAGAGGAACAACAAAAACUCAAAGACCAAGAAAUGCAUGACAUUGAAACAGAAUGGCAGCUUUGUCUCCAUGAGACUGCGGAAGCAAUCAAACAAAAGACUUCACCUAAGGUGGACGAAAUUUGUCAAACUGAAGAGUCCACUGGUACCAAAGUUUAUACUUGCCAAGAAUUAGAAUCUCAGCUCGCAGGUUUAAAAAUAACGUUGGAGCAUCAAGCUAAGGAGGAAAAAGUAAUGGCAGUUGGGGAGGCUUUAAAACAACUUGAACGAGAACUGCAGAAAAAGCAUGAAGAUAAUGUGGCUGUACUGGUUGAAACAGCAUUAGCAAAUGCACGUUGUCGUUGGUUAGAAGAAUUGACUAACCUGCCUGAAUACAGAGCCAAUAUACAAAUUGAAGCGAAGAAAUGGGAGGCAAAACAUGAACAAGAUGUGGCAGAACAAGUAGCUACAGCACUGAAAGCAAAUGACGAAAAAUGGAAGAAACAUACUUUGAAAGAAAUUGAGAAAAUUGAGUCCAGUGUUAAAACUUCAGAGCUGCAGGAGAAGACAAUUGUUCUAGAGCGCAAAUUAAAACUUGAGAAAGAAGAGGCAGCAGCAGUUGUUAAAGCUGAAUUAGCAAAAGCUCGAGCUCAAUGGAAUAAAGCAAAACAAGUAGAGAUUAAUAGAAUUCAUGAACUAAAUGAACAGGAUUAUCAAGCCUUCCUAGCAGAGCAUCGAAAUAAACUCGGUGAAGUCCUUAAAGAAGCUAAAGAAGACUUUACCCGGCAGAAAAAUGAAUUGAUUGCACAAAAGGAGGCAGAAUUCAAUCUGCGGCUCUCAGAAAAGCAAAAAGAAUGGUCAACUCAUAGAGAGGAGCAGAUCAAUUAUGAAAGACAGCAAUAUGAAUCUGAACUUGUUGCUGAAAUUGAACAUUUUUUGCGUGAUAUCUCAAAACACUUUGGAAAGUCUAAACCUGCAUGUCUCGGAGCGGAGGAAUAUUCUAACACUGCCAAAUCGACACAUGACCAGUUUGUUGAAGUAAAGGACCGUCUCCAGAGAGUUUGCACUGAAAUGGUUGAAGAGAUCCUUGAAACUCGGAAAGAGUUAUUUGUUUACUUAUCCACCUCCAUUCAAGGCUCACUGUGGCACAACUGUAGAGCUAAGAUCUGA